CAAAUCGUUUGGUAGACAAAUUUUUGCAAGUCAGUAAUUUAGAAAUAGUAUCUCAGUAUUGGGAAGCAGUCGGAGAACAAUUAGCCAAGUUAAUCCAAAAUAUUUUUAAAGAAUUACAUGUUGGGGAAAAUCAGCCCGAGCAAGAAGUAAUUGAAAAAAAUUUUAGUUAUUUCCAUCCCAGUUGUGAAGUUAUUGCCAAAAAUUUAGAAGAAGAGUUUGUUAAAAGAACCAAAGGCUAUCAAUUUACCAAAAGUUUAUAUAAUUACGACACUUUUGAUAGUGGCAUUGAGUUUCAAUUUGCCUGUUUAGUCGACAAAACCAAAGAAGAUGAUAAUAAUCCUAACCCCGAAAUAGAUGAGAAAAACCAAGCCGCCAAAGAAUGGGUAAAUGCUUUAAAUUUAGAUUUGGGAGAGGAGGCCAGAAAAAAUGAAAAGUGA